CCCAGAGCGCGCCUGGCCCGGUCGGUGGCGGGCAGCGCCGGAGCCCGUCCUCUCUGCGGCCCCGCGUCGCAGCCCCCGGCGCCCCCACCAUGGCGUUCGCCAAUUUCCGCCGCAUCCUGCGCCUGUCCACCUUCGAGAAGAGAAAGUCCCGCGACUACGAGCACGUCCGCCGGGACCGCGACCCCGGCGAGCUGUGGGAGAUCGUGGGCGAGCUGGGCGACGGCGCCUUCGGCAAGGUCUACAAGGCCAAGAACAAGGAGACGGGAGACUUGGCCGCAGCCAAGGUCAUUGAGACCAAGAGUGAGGAGGAGCUGGAGGACUACAUUGUGGAGAUUGAGAUCCUCGCCACCUGCGACCACCCCUACAUCGUGAAGCUCCUGGGGGCUUACUACUAUGACGGGAAGCUGUGGAUCUUGAUCGAGUUCUGUCCAGGGGGAGCAGUGGACGCCAUCAUGCUAGAGCUGGACAGAGGCCUCACCGAGCCCCAGAUUCAGGUGGUGUGCCGUCAGAUGCUGGAGGCUCUCCACUUCCUGCAUAGCAAGAAGAUCAUCCACCGCGACCUCAAGGCUGGCAAUGUGCUCAUGACCCUGGAGGGUGACAUCCGGCUGGCCGAUUUUGGUGUAUCUGCCAAGAAUCUGAAAACUUUGCAGAAGCGAGAUUCCUUCAUAGGAACGCCGUACUGGAUGGCUCCUGAGGUGGUGCUGUGCGAGACCAUGAAGGACACGCCGUAUGACUACAAGGCUGACAUCUGGUCCCUGGGCAUCACGCUGAUUGAGAUGGCACAGAUCGAGCCCCCACACCAUGAGCUCAACCCCAUGCGGGUGCUGCUCAAGAUCGCCAAGUCGGAUCCUCCCACGCUGCUCACGCCCUCCAAGUGGUCCGCGGAGUUCCGGGACUUCCUGAAGACAGCGCUAGACAAGAAUCCCGAAACCCGGCCCAGUGCUGCUCAGCUGCUGGAGCACCCCUUUGUCAGCGCUGUCACCAGUAACAAGGCUCUGCGGGAGCUGGUGGCCGAGGCCAAGGCGGAGGUGAUGGAGGAGAUCGAGGAUAACGGGGAAGAGGAGAGCGCAGUGGACGCCACCUCUACCCUGGGGAGCCACACUCAGGACUCUUCUGAGCCAGGCCAGCUGAGCCCACAUGCCCACCAGCUUCUCCAGGAGCCGGCUGUCCCACGGCCGUCCAGCCAGGCUCAGGAUGGGGUGUCUGGUGCCCACAACCAGCCCUCUGGGGAUGGGUGCCCGCAAGCCAGCAGCCCUCCCGAUGUGGCCCCUGCAAAUGAAAAUGGCCUACCAGUGCCCGUGCCCCUCCGGAAGCCCCGGCCCGUGUCCAUGGAUGCCAGAAUUCAGGUGGCGGAGGAGAAGCAAAUGCCUGAGGAUCAGAGUCCUGCAGCCACCAGGUCCCAGAAGGCGAACCAUGACCGGCCCAGCCCAAGCCGGCCCAGCAGCAGUGCCUUGGAGUCCCUCGGUGGCGAGAAGCUGGCCAACAGCAGCCUGGAGCUCCCGGCCCCCACGGGCCCGGGCCUCUCCCAGCUGACCUCGGACAGCAUGGACUGCAGCACCUCCCUGUCUGCUGACCUGUCCCUGAACAGAGAGACGGGCUCCCUGUCCCUCAAGGACUCAAGGCUGCACAACAAAACCCUGAAGCGAACACGCAAAUUUGUGGUGGAUGGCGUAGAGGUGAGCAUUACCACCUCCAAGAUCAUCAGUGAAGAUGAGAAGAAGGACGAGGAGAUGAGAUUUCUCAGGCGCCAGGAACUUCGAGAGCUCCGGCUCCUCCAGAAGGAAGAGCACAGGAACCAGGCACAACUGUGCAGCAAGCAUGAGCUGCAGCUGGAGCAGAUGCACAAGCGUUUUGAACAAGAAAUCACUACCAAGAAGAAGUUUUUUGACACCGAGCUGGAGAACUUGGAGCGUCAGCAAAAGCAGCAGGUGGAAAAGAUGGAGCAAGACCACUCUGUGCGCCGCCGGGAGGAAGCCAAGCGGAUCCGCCUGGAGCAGGAUCGGGACUAUGCCAGGUUUCAGGAGCAGCUCAAACUCAUGAAGAAGGAGGUGAAGAGUGAGGUGGAGAAGCUUCCCCGGCAGCAGCGGAAGGAGAGCAUGAAGCAGAAGAUGGAGGAGCACACACAGAAAAAGCAGCUGCUGGACCGGGACUUUGUUGCCAAGCAGAAGGAGGACCUGGAGCUGGCCAUGAAGAAGCUGACGGUGGAGAACAGGCGGGAGAUCUGUGACAAGGAGCGCGAGUGCCUCAGCAGGAAGCAGGAGCUCCUUCGAGACCGGGAGGCAGCCUUGUGGGAGAUGGAGGAGCACCAGCUGCAGGAGAGACACCAGUUGGUGAAGCAGCAGCUCAAAGACCAGUACUUCCUGCAGCGGCAUGAGCUGCUGCGCAAGCACGAGAAGGAGCGGGAGCAGAUGCAGCGCUACAACCAGCGCAUGAUGGAGCAGUUGAAGGUGCGGCAGCAGCAAGAGAAGGCCCGGCUGCCCAAGGUCCAGAGGAGCGAGGGCAAGACGCGCAUGGCCAUGUACAAGAAGAGCCUGCACAUCAACGGCGCCGGGAGCGCUGCCGAGCAGCGUGAGAAGAUCAAGCAGUUCUCUCAGCAGGAGGAGAAGCGGCAAAAGGCUGAGCGGCUACAGCAGCAGCAGAAACAUGAGAACCAGAUGCGGGAUAUGAUGGCGCAGUGUGAGAGCAACAUGAGCGAGCUGCAGCAGCUGCAGAAUGAAAAGUGUCACCUUUUGGUAGAGCAUGAGACCCAGAAGCUGAAGGCCCUGGAUGAGAGCCACGACCAGAACCUCAAAGAGUGGCGGGACAAGCUUCGGCCGCGCAAAAAGGCUCUGGAAGAGGAUUUGAACCAGAAAAAGCGGGAACAGGAAAUGUUCUUCAAACUGAGUGAAGAAGUGGAGUGCCCCAACCCGACCACGCCCAGCAAGGUCACCAAGUUCUUCCCCUACAGCUCGGCCGAUGCUUCCUAACGCCUGCAGGGAACUAUGACUGGCAGUACGGGGCCCAAAGACCCUCGGCCUCUGCAAACAAGUAACUCAGGGCCCCUCCGCCUCGCUUCUGUGCCAGUUCCAGCCAGACCCUUGCUUCUGCUGCCUGCUUCUUACUCCUUGGUGGAGGAAGGCAGUUUACGGUUAUCCCUGACCCUAACUGCCCUCAUCCCCAGAUCCCAUUGAGUGGCCAGUGAUUGGGGCAGCUGGGACAAGGGCCAGGAGAAUGGGUCUGCUGUGGCCUCAAGACCCUGCCUGUCUUGCAGUUUAUGGGCUGGAGCAUGCUGGUCACUGGGGUCACUUCAGAUGUGGCCCUGUGUAUAGCAGCUCCUGCAGUGCAGACAGGAGCCACCUGCCAUGCCAUUUCUUGGAAGUGCCAGGCUAGAAGCCAGUCCCUCCAAGGUGUCCUUACACCCCGGACCUACUUUCUGCUCACAACAAAACUGUUUGUGUGGCCCUGGUAGGUGGGGCAGUCUGUGGGGAGCCAUGCUGGGUUUUGGCCUCAACAUCCAGAGAAGGCACUUUGUGCUGCCAGUUUGCUGGCCUUUGCCUGGCAUCCUGUGUUUAGGGUAAAUUCCCUACCUCUUAGAAUCCACAGGCCGGCUGCACCUGGCUCACACUGCCCACCCCGCUCCACUGCUGCCUGAAGGUGCCUGGGGGAAGGCUCCUUUCCUGGGCUGUGUCCAGGAGGCCCAACGCACAUUUCAGACCAAGCUUGGACUUCUCAGGAAGAAUGUUUUCUGCCCCCAGGAACAUGGCAGAAGCAAAGGUUCUGUGUCCCAUGCACUCUUGGGCCUUUAGGUUGGCUCAAGGUGUUGAUUUUCAUAGGCUGCUUUUACAACCCACCAUAAGCAAAUGCUCCAGCCAGCUUAGUCUGUUUACAAAGCACACCUCUCACCUUGAUUUCAAAAUGUUCCACUGAAACAGAAAAUGAAUGGCUUCUUCAGGAAAACAGCUUCUUUUCAAGAACUUUAUGGUCCUGACAACAGUGAGGACUCGGGCAAUGACGUUGGUUGUGCUUUGCUGGCAGUGAUGUCUGGGAACCCCAAGGUCUUGUUGGCUCCUCCAUUCCUCAGGGAUAGGGCCCUGGAUGUUUCUCUUGAUUUCAACGGAUGCUUGGCAAGGGAGGGCCGGUGGCUGAACAGGCAAAGAGCAUGUGGGGUCCUGAAUCUUUACUGUGAAGUGAAGAGGUUCUUGGGACAGACACGGCUAUCGGUGGUUUUCUUAAGUUUGGCUUGCUGGAUGGGACACAGGCCCCGGGGGAACCCAUGUGGGUGGGUGACCAAGGUUUGUACAUUGUCCCUGCAGCCAGGAGUGUGACAAAAGUACAAGUGAGAUGUCAAUUUUGUAGUUCAGGGAAGGUCUGCUACUGUUCCUCAUGUGGCUUGUGGCUCCCAAUGCCCAGCUCCUUUAUGACGUUGCUGCCUCAUUGCUCAGUACCAACUAAGCCCUCCUAGCUGUGCUGUGCUUUUACAGAUGGGGUCCGGCCUGGUCAUCAGACUCACCGACAAGCCUACAUGCAAUGCUCAUUGCCAGAUGUGCACACAGUAUUCCUCAGGCCCUGUACUACUAAAUUUCUGCAUCAGGGACGAAUGUUUCUCCCUUCAGUCCAUUAACUUAUAUUUCCCUUUAUGAAGAAGUUAUUUUUACAUGGUUUCCAAAUUUAUGAAGUUUUUGUAAGAUGUUCUCUGCAAAGUUAACUGUGAGAAUGUAAAUAUGCUUCUAAUAAAUAAAGUAAUUUGCA